AUGGCGAGAAACGCAAUCCAACCGAGUUUCGACUUUUUUACUGGAGAAGAGCGAUCGCCGGCGCGACAGCCUUUGCGCGAGACGUUUCGUCAAUCGACCGCGACCGUCGCACGCCCUGACAUCGCCAAUGAGUCAUUACGAGCACAGCUCAACACACUACAAUAUGAGCUCGACUCAUUGAAACAGGAGAAGGAGCUUACGGCGCUCCAACAAGCCAGCGAGAUCCGCGAUGCCGAGCAGCGCGCCGAGCGCGACUUCAAGAGAGCCCAGGCUGCAGAGUCGACCGCACAACAAAGCGCUAAAAAGCUGGACCAAUUGACACGCGAAGUCAACGACAUUGAGAAUAGACACACCAACGAGAAGAUCCAGCUGGAACGCAAGAUUCGCACACUGCAGGACGACAACCAGAGCCUGAGAGAAGACCUUGAAGAUGCCGAAUCGCGUCUAUCAUCCGCCGAAAGAGAACAUAAGCAUGGCCUCAAUGAUAUCGAAGCCAGACAUAGCGCCCUCCAGGCAUCAUUUGAAGAAGCACAGAGAGACCUAGAGUCCAAGGUCUCAGCUCUGCAAUCCACACAACAGCGUCUCUCGCAACGCGAAUCAGAAACCGGUGACCUUGAGAAUGAAAUCCUCCGCCUGAAAGCCCAAACUGGUGAUUCGGAAACUCUGGGCAUUAUCAAGCGUGAGCUUUCAGAGCAGGUCGCUCACAUCAAGAGACUGGAAUCUACAAACAGGGACCAAUCUGCUGAGCUGAAACAACUACGCAAGACCCACAAGAGCGUCGAGAUUGUUCAAGAAGAGAAGCGAGCUCUAGAACAGAAAGUCCGUGCUAUGGAAGACUUGCGCAAAGAGCUUGCAGAGGCACAAUUGCAAAAGCAAAUCCUGGAGGAUGAGAGGCGCAGUUGGACGAGUUACCUGGAGAGCGAGGCUGCUGGCAGGGAAGAGAUGACUUUCGACUCACCCGAGGACAUGGCCAAGGCAUUUGUCAAUGAGCGCAUGGAGAGAUUCACUCUUAUCGAGAAGCUGGGCGCGAUACAACCCGAACUCACCGUGCGCGAUGCUAACAUCAAGACGCUGGAAGAUGAGAAGGUUCAACUUCGUGCAGAGAUCGAGAAGUUGAAAGGUGCUGGUACUACAUCAAGCACUGCCGCCCCUAUCGACGCAAAAGCUCGCGCACGUCUCGAACGUCAAAAGAAUCUAGCCAUCAAGGAGGUCGAAUAUCUACGAGCUCAGAUGAAGGCUUUCGAAGCCGAAGAGAACGAGUUCCAGCCGGAGAAGGCCAAUCAAGAGGAGAACAAGCGUACUCAAGAGCUUGAAGCCCUCAUCGAUCAAUACCGUUCAGAAGUCGAGGCCUUGUCUGCUGAGAUGAAGCAACUGGAGAGCAGUACUCCUGCUGCGCCAACACAAUCUCUGAAGCGACCUCACGAAGAAGAGUCAGACGAGCGAUUAGGCGAAAUGCGCCGUAAGACACGCACACUCCAGGACGAUUUGACAGCACUGCAAACUCGCUACUCGACCAUCGAGACCGAGCUCAAGGCAAAGACAAGUCAACUCAACGCUCUGCGCGAGUCAUCACGAACACGAGUGCUAGAGCUGCGCGACAAUCCAACAGCACAAGCCGAAGCCAUCAAAAUGACAACCCUCAGAACAUUAAAGGAGGAAAAUGCCGCUUUGCUCGAGCAGCUCGAAGGUCGACCCAAUGGCGCAACGAAAGUGGUUCCUAUCAGCACACUCGACCACGCACGACUUCAGAUGAGCGAGCUUGAAGCCGCGAUCGCCCAACGCGACAAAAAGCAAUUACGCCUCAAGUCAAUCUGGUCUGCCAAGUUCCUCGAGUUCGCAGAAGCCGUGGCAGCAACGCUAGGCUGGAAAGUGGUCUUCCAACCUAAUGGACGCUUCAAGGUCACAUCGAUCCUGUAUCCUACCUCUAUCAACAAGGAUGGCGAAGAAGAAGAAAAUUCAAUCUUAUUCGAUGGUGAGAAGGGUACCAUGAAGGUAUCAGGUGGCACUGAGAGUGUGUUUGCGAAUGAGAUUCGUCCGCUUAUCGAGUUCUGGGUCGAUGGUCGCAAGGAGAUUCCUUGUUUCCUGGCUGCAUGCACGCUGGAGUUUUACGACAAGACCACGAGAGCUGCGGAGAUAUAG